AUGACUAAAGGAACCAGUUGCAGAGGUACUAGACAUAAUAAAACUCAUAUUCUUUGCAAGAGAUGCGGAAAAAGAUCAUGGCAUUUACAAAAACAAAGAUGUGCUUCAUGUGGAUAUCCAGAUGCUAAAAUGAGACAAUAUGCUUGGGGAUACAAAGCCCUUAGAAGAAGAACCCAAGGAACUGGAAGAAUGAGACAUUUAAAAAUCGCUUUAAAAAGAACAACUAAAGCUUAA